AUGCCUGCCGGCUGGGCCAUUAUUCUCGUUGUCCCUCUGGUGGCAGCUGGGGACGACCUAUCCGAUUUCUCUAACAACCUCGCACAGGACCUCGGACCGCUACUUGCUCUGUUCGGCGAGUCCAUUACGCGACAGUACCUUAGCGAGAGCACGACCUUCCUCGACUACCUGAUAUUCGCACUAUGCCCCAUCGGUAUUAUCACGGCUAUUGUCUCUGCUAUUCGCGUUUGCGGGCACCCAUCCUUGAGGGCGUUCAUCGGGCGUUCGCAGGAAGGCUCUGGCGUCGUCGAGGCGGAGCUAUGCACGUCCACGAGCCGCGACGUUUGCGAGCUCUUCAACCAGGGAGGCAUCACACGUGUCCUCGGCAGGCCUAACGUGCUGGAGCUGGUAUGCGUGCAAGACAAGUCGGCGGACCCGGACCCGGAUCCAGACCCGGACCCGGACCGAGUUACGGCUCCGACCGCUGCCCGGCACCGCGCCCCGAUGACCGCGGCGGGUGAUCAGAAGGUGCAAUUAUUCCAGGAUUAUCUUGAAAAGAUGCCAGAUGAUCAUGACGAAUGGAAGAAGCAGAAGGGCUCCUUUGCCACCAGCAGUGAAACCGACUCGGCAUCAGGCUUCGCACCAAAGCCCAAUCUGUCCCUCAACGUUGGCAUAAAGAGGCAACCCCUCUGGGUAUUCUCUCUGGUAGCACUUAUAGGACUGGUCUUUCAGGCCGGCCUUGUCGUGCUCGCUGGGUUUGGAGCAUGGAAAUGGGAUUGGGGCAUCAGUCAAUCCUUCGACUCUUCGUCCAAGGACUAUGCACCGCGCAUGUUCAUUUCCGGAACCGCUUUGCUCUGCCUCGGAAUGUUUGGCUGCGCUGCAAUCGUCGGGCAGGCCACAUCGGAAGUCACCUACAAGCGCCAAAAGUCGUCUGCCAGUUCUAGUCGCCUAAUAUGGUUGCAACCCGGGCCGCAAUUUGUCGGCGACCAAAGCUUUGAUGCGUUUGUACACUUGGAAGACCGGUCAAAGCCACUGGAGUCUUGGAUCUCCUCACGCAAAGAGCCGACCGGAAAGAAGUUCCAGAUAGCUACGUUUGCAGCUACGAUGAUAACCCUCGGCGGGUACGUGCUUCAGUUUAUUGGACUGCGUGGCAUGAAGGCUUGGGUGUCAAUCGCGCAGCUUGGCAUCACCCUCGUCAUGGCUUUUCUCAGAUGCCUACUCCGAAUGCAAAGGCUUGGACCAAAGGACAGCGAGUUCGCCACAAUGCCCGAUCUGGUAUCUGGGUAUGAGUUGGACUGGCUUGCAUUCAGACUUGCGCUACCUGGAUCACCGCCUAGAACCAAGACCUUCAUGGAGAACCUCCGUUCGAGCUUUUCAACUGGCCUUGGGCGACCACCAAGCAACUCUCCGUCCACCGACAGGCAGCUUGGCGACAUGCAUGGCUCGUAUAGAGCGCCGUCGUGGCAUAUCACAGGAUGUGCUAUGUUGGCUACACGAGGGCCUGACGACCCUGAGUUACCUUCGAUGAAUGACGCGCAACGAAAACCCCAUGGAGCGGAUGACGUCCUGGAACGGGAUGGCAGCAGCUCCGACACCUCGAAUCAGCCACGGAAUCAAGUGCAUAUGACAACUCAAGAGAUGUAUGAGCAACUACUCUCAAUAAGGAAAACACUUGCGAACUUGACUGGCAAUCUCUCUUUUGAGGGGCUGCACAAGUCUCAGUAUCAAUACUGGGCUGACGAGCAGGUCCGUGUCCGCUCUCGAGCCAAGCAGCUCGCAGCGGCCGUAGGACAGGCUGCCGACAGCAUCAUACGACUUGAAAAUGAAGGCCACAAGCGUGCGGAGAUUACGCUCAGAAUAAGUGCCUCGAGACCAUACGGCAAACUGGCCAACGAGCAGUUUCGUGAGCAGAGCCUACGAGUGAUGAUCAGACCACCAUCAACAGAGACUCAUUCUGGUUGGGCCAUUGAUCCAGCGCAAGCAGAAGCAAUACUUGGACUCUGGAUGUGGUCGCUUACAUACGACGAGCGGCUAUUCAACAACGACGGGAUGCACAACCUCCGUCAAGUCUCAGACCAGCGGGAAGACGAAGGUUUGCAGAUCAUAUCGGCCGGUCUUGACAACGAUGAUUGGGAGAAGAUGCACAACAUCCAACAAGAAAUGGACUUGUGGCUCGGAAACAGUACCGCAAUGAUCCCAAAGUACACAUUGCUCGUUGAUGAGGACGACACACUGGGUCACGGAGACUUGUGGGUGUUACAGAAAGGCCACCACGAUGUUUGGGAAAAGUACAAAGGCAAAGAACAGAUGAGAGAUCGGAUCCCGCACCGCUUCUUCGGAUGGAACAUUGUUUAUCAGGCUCUUGGACUCAGACCUUGCGAGGCAAUACGAUGCGCCAAAUCCCUUCGGAGUAUCUCCAGCUACGAGAAAGCUCAAAUAUCUGUCCGAAUUCAGUGCGCACCGCGACGGCACGCCCUGCUUGAUCUCUGUGGCCGGGGUCUUUACACGUCUUUGAUUGGGUCUCUGACAAAGCUGAACGGUAUCGCGACGUCGACAAUCCUCGAGCACGAGGGCCAGAUACAGCUUGAAAGCCGUGACGUGUCUGCCAUGGUGGAUGCGUUUGUCACGAAUGGGCUGGGGUCUCGAACCGACGCCAUGAUGAGCAUCAUCCCGGAGUUCAGGGCCCGCCUACGGCCAAAUACCCAAGACAUGCUCACGAGCAUACUCAACGGAGCGGACACGUACCGGAAGGCCGGCGAAUGGGAUCGAUCACAGCUCCUUCUUCGAUGGGCCUGCCGCGAGUAUUCGCAGCCAUGGGACAGGGGCACAGACAUGCCGUCCGCAGACAACGUGGCGGCCUUCGUUCGCGUCUUGCAGAAGACCGGUGAGCUUUACCGCUGGUCUUUGGCGAGAGACACAACGCAGCAAAGGCGACAGUUUGGCCUCGAUGGCAUCCGCUGGCUUGACGGGAAUUACGGCAACGGCUCGCAUUUAGGCGAAGGGGGCCAAACACAAAGGCAGGACGCUGAGUUCGAGCGCCGUAAUGAGGAAGUCAGCAAGGUCAUCGAUCGAUACAAGGAGAUUGCCACCGCCUUCGCAGCCGGCAACCGUGCUGCGUCGGAUCCGGGGGGGACAGACCCUCCACUGGUGCAGGCCAUCAAGAGUCACGACAGAGCAAAGACUCUUUAUCACCUCUGUUUCGUUCACGAAGGUGACUUUGGAUCAAGAAAGUUACACCCGGCACUGCCCCUGGCGAUGCGCAAUAAGUGGCCAGAGGUUGUCGAGGCCAUCCUCGAGCUGAGGGGCAACAUCGACAGCCAAGACGAAGGCGGUAGGACGUCAGCUUCCCACUGUGCAGAACUGGGUCUUGAAACAAGUCUCGGCGACAUUCUGAGACUAGGUGCUUUUGCAGACUUGGCUGAUAUCGAAGGUCGGACACCGGUGCACUGGGCGUGCCUCAAUGGACAAGAGAAAACUCUCAAGAUCCUCGUCGAUACGAAGCAGGUCGACCUUCAUCGCAGUGACGCUGCUGGGCAGUCAGCGAUUUGGCAUGCCAUGAAAUCCAACAACAGUGCUGUUGUGGGCUACCUCUGCGAUGUCGAUAUCGGCGUCGUUGAAGAAACGAACAAAGUUCGCGAGACGGCGAUCAUAUGGGCAGUGCAACAUUGCAAUCGCGAAGUGGUCCAGGCGAUGCUGAGCCGUCUAUUGGACGCAAAGAAGGACAGCAUCGAUCAGACAGAUAAGUCUCAGCAGACCUUGCUCUAUCAUGCUGCAAAAGCAGGCAAUGCUGCUGCAGUAAAUCUAUUGAUCGAGCACGGAGCAGACAUGGACCCAAAGACACACGCUGUCUGGUGGCUCGAGCUGCUGAGGCGGGACAACAAGCCGUCUUACGCCUGUUGUUACAUCACCAUCGCCGCCCUGACAUAG